CUGAUAGUAGUAGAACUCUGAAUAUGGAUUCCACAACAAUGACCCUACCUAUGUCUGAUCCAACUGCAUGGGCUACAGCAAUGAAUAAUCUUGGAAUGGCACCACUGGGAAUUGCUGGACAACCAAUUUUACCUGACUUUGAUCCUGCUCUUGGAAUGAUGACUGGGAUUCCACCAAUAACUCCAAUGAUGCCUGGUUUGGGAAUAGUACCUCCACCAAUUCCGCCAGAUAUGCCAGUAGUAAAGGAGAUCAUACACUGUAAAAGCUGCACACUCUUCCCUCCAAAUCCAAAUCUUCCACCUCCUGCAACCAGAGAAAGACCACCAGGAUGCAAAACAGUAUUUGUGGGUGGCCUGCCUGAAAACGGGACAGAGCAAAUCAUCAUGGAAGUGUUUGAACAGUGUGGAGAAAUCAUUGCCAUUCGGAAGAGCAAAAAGAACUUCUGUCACAUUCGCUUUGCUGAGGAGUACAUGGUGGACAAAGCCCUUUACCUGUCCGGCUACCGCAUUCGCCUGGGCUCUAGUACUGACAAGAAAGACACAGGACGGCUCCACGUUGAUUUUGCACAGGCUCGCGAUGACCUGUAUGAGUGGGAAUGUAAACAGCGUAUGUUAGCCAGAGAGGAGCGCCACCGUAGAAGGAUGGAAGAAGAAAGAUUGCGUCCACCAUCCCCGCCCCCCGUGGUCCACUAUUCAGAUCACGAAUGCAGCAUUGUUGCUGAAAAACUAAAAGAUGAUUCCAAAUUCUCAGAAGCUGUGCAGACUUUGCUCACCUGGAUAGAGCGGGGAGAGGUAAACCGUCGCAGCGCCAAUAAUUUCUAUUCCAUGAUCCAGUCGGCCAACAGCCAUGUCCGCCGCCUGGUAAAUGAAAAAGCGGCCCAUGAGAAAGAUAUGGAAGAAGCAAAGGAGAAGUUCAAGCAGGCCCUUUCUGGAAUUCUCAUUCAAUUUGAGCAGAUCGUUGCUGUGUACCAUUCCGCCUCCAAACAGAAGGCAUGGGACCACUUCACAAAAGCCCAGCGUAAAAACAUCAGCGUUUGGUGCAAACAAGCUGAGGAAAUUCGCAACAUUCAUAAUGAUGAAUUAAUGGGAAUCAGGCGAGAAGAAGAAAUGGAAAUGUCUGAUGAUGAAAUAGAAGAAACGACAGAACCAAAAGAAACUGAGGAAUCAGCCUUAGUGUCACAGGCAGAAGCUCUGAAGGAAGAAAACGACAGCCUCCGUUGGCAGCUCGAUGCCUACCGGAAUGAAGUAGAACUGCUCAAACAAGAACAAGGCAAAGCCAACAAAGAAGAUGACCCAAACAAAGACCAGCAGCUGAAGCUCCUGCAGCAAGCCCUGCAAGGAAUGCAGCAGCAUCUGCUCAAAGUCCAAGAGGAAUACAAAAGGAAAGAAGCUGAACUUGAAAAAAUCAAAGAUGAUAAGUUGCAGGUGGAAAAAAUGUUGGAAAGUCUUAAAGAAAAGGAAGGCAAUGCUUCUAGACUGUGUGCAUCAAGCCAGGAUAGCGACUACCCUGUUGAGAAGACCAUGAACGGCAGCCCUAUCAAAUCUGAACGUGAAGCUCUGCUCGUGGGGAUCAUCUCUACAUUCCUUCAUGUUCACCCAUUUGGAGCAAGCAUAGAAUACAUCUGUUCCUACUUACACCGUCUUGAUAAUAAGAUCUGCACCAGUGAUGUAGAAUGUCUCAUGGGUAGACUACAGCAUACCUUCAAGCAAGAGAUGACUGGAGUUGGAGCCAGCCUGGAGAAGAGAUGGAAAUUCUGUGGCUUCGAGGGCUUGAAAUUGACCUAAAUCUCUUUGCCUAACAAUUUGGGAUCCUGAAAAUAAUUGUGUGUGAUAAGCUUAGAAAGUGAUUUGUAUUUUCAAUGGUUUUCAAGUGGAAAUUGCUUUAAAUUUGUCAGUUCAUUCCUGUAAUGUGUUUUGAGUUAAAAUAAGGAUCCUGGAACAGCACCUCGAGCUACAGGGCCUAAAAAGAAAUUGCCUCUAACCUCAAGUGCUGUAACUUCCUCCCUUUUCUGUCAAUUGGUUGUUCUUAAGUAUUGAAAAAGUCCUAAGACUAAAGAGUA